AUGGAGCAAGUAUUCCAAGUUGUUUCUGAGAAGGUCUCUAGCUCUGUUGUGAUUGUUCGACAGCAUCCAUAUGGUCGAUAUUGUGUUGGUUCUGUAGUUUCCCCUCCAUCAAAUACCAAUACAACAGCAAUAAUGACAUCCUCGCGUUUGAGUGAAGAAAGCGGUAGAAUCUUUGUUCACUUCAAUGACAACACUGAACUGGAAGCAAGGAGAUUAGUGUCUGCAGAUCGAUUCACUUUGCUAGAAGUUGACUACAAAGCUGGUUGCAGUAUGAUUGAAUUUAGUGAAAUAGAUGUUAAUCAACCCUCAGAUGCUUUUAUUCUCGCUCCUAACUCGAAAUCCUGUUUAUCACAUAUCCCAGCAUUUGUGGUACAGCCUUCCUGUGCUGCAAGGGAUGCCAAAAUGAAUAACAUCGAAGGAUCUGAGAAUUACUUUUUGGUCUUAUGUCGCUCUGGGAACUUGCUUAACGUAGGAUAUGCUAUUCAGAACCAGUUAAUGUCUGCUCCGGUUUUUGAUUUAAACGGCAAAGUUAUUGGGCUAGUGACUUCUCAGUGUGGCACGGAUAAGACCAAAAAUGAUAUCAAGAUUGGACUUUUAGCCUCUCAUGCUCAGAAGAUUCGUGAUGACCUACUAGAGGAAAGCAAGAAAGAAAUGAAGGUAGCUGAGCGCUCUGAGGAAAGCAAGCAGCAUGAAGAAGGAGCUGAGACUAACAGCUCCGCGGGUACAAGGAACAGAAGAAACUGA